AUCUCCAACAUCAAUUACACUUUCAUAUGAUGCACACAAGGGUCGUGUACGUGAAUUCUCCAUUGAUCCAUCUGGAAUAUGGUUAGUGUCUGGUUCAGAUGAUAAGACUAUAAGGAUGUGGAAAAUUAUGACGGGUCGUUGUGUUAAAACCUGGGAUAUGAAUGAAAUUGUCCAAUCCGUAGUUUGGUGUCCAAACAAGAAUAUCUGUGCAUUUGCAGUUGCUGUUUCAAAUAAAGUUAUGAUAAUCUCGCCACCUGCCGUAUGCGACGAUGAAAUUGCAAAUUUGACAGCUCAAUAU